AUGGGCGAAUCAGGGUCAUUAGUUCAGGCGGCUGGGUCUGCUGCAUUCCUGAGCCCUGAGAUGGGGGAGCAGCAGAGCAGGAAUGUGCUCGCAGACAGGAGACCAGAGCACCGCCAACCCAACGGCAAGAAGGAACAAGAAAAUAGGAGGGGGCAGUGGAGGGAAAGCUGCCACAGAGGGGCCACAGUGCCCUCUGCUGGUGAUACAGGUGAAGUUCAGUCAGUGAUAAAGCGUUUUUCUCUUGGCCACAUUAUAAACCACAACAUUAGCCUCCACCUGUCCAUUACUGACUACUGUCUUCAGCUGUGGGGGUCUAACGCUCCUGUGUAUUUUUCAGUGCUGAGUAUACGAGGCGUGCAGGAGGAGGACCCCCCAGACCCACAGAUCAUGAGGCUGGACAACAUGCUUUUGGCUGAGGGUGUGUCGGGACCCGAGAAAGGAGGGGGCUCGGCUGCGGCCGCCGCGGCUGCAGCAGCAGCUGGAGGCUCGCCGACCGACAGCAGCAUCGAGCACUCAGACUACAGAGCCAAGCUCGCCCAGAUCCGCCAGAUCUACCACUCUGAGCUGGAGAAAUACGAGCAGGCAUGCAGUGAAUUCACCAACCAUGUAAUGAACCUGCUGAGGGAGCAGUCUCGCACACGACCCAUCUCUCCAAAGGAAAUCGAGCGAAUGGUGGCCAUCAUCCACCGCAAGUUCAGCUCCAUCCAGAUGCAGCUCAAACAGAGCACCUGUGAAGCCGUCAUGAUCCUGCGCUCUCGCUUCCUUGACGCCAGGCGUAAGCGGCGCAACUUUAACAAACAAGCCACAGAGGUGCUGAACGAGUAUUUCUACUCUCACCUGUCCAAUCCUUACCCCAGCGAGGAGGCUAAGGAGGAACUGGCCAAAAAGUGUGGAAUCACUGUGUCUCAGGUCUCUAAUUGGUUUGGCAACAAGAGAAUACGCUAUAAGAAGAAUAUUGGUAAAUUCCAGGAGGAGGCAAACCUUUACGCAGUUAAAACAGCAGUAGAUGCUGCCAAUGUGUCGGCACAAGCCAGCCAGGCAAACUCUCCUGCAACACCCAACUCAGGGUCACCGGGGUCGUUCACUUUGUCCCACUCAGGGGACACCUAUCUCAGCCUGCGUUCCCUCAAUGGGGAGGCCCUCAACAUCGCCCCCUCUCUACAGCCGCAAGUGGAUACCCUGCACCCUGCUACACACCUGACGGCCGGUUAUGAGGAGCUGUCAGGAAGUGCCCUCUAUACCCCUCAUCGCCUGGAUGCUAACAGCUGGCAGGACACCACCAAUACUUCCUCCAUCACCUCCCCUCCCGGUCCUCCCAGCAGCGACCACUCAGACACGUCCAACUGACUCUGGCUCUGUCCGCCAUCUUUCCAUUCCAACUGUGGUCUGCUUGACUCGCCACCUUCACUUACUACACCUGAAAUCUCCAAGUUCAACUGUGUUCAACAACAUACAAAGACUGGACAGCGAUAUAAUAGUCAGCAAAGGAUUGUGGUGCUAACACAUGUGACACUCAAUGCAGUGUGGUAUGGAGCAAACUGAUGCUGAAGCAACAUUUCUUUCAAGGACUUUUUUGGAAAUCUCCGACACCCAGACGUCUUUACAUCACCCGUAUGUGCACGAUACCUUUGAACAUAGAUCUACUCCACAGGACUUUUUGCUUUGGAAAACUGUGCGAUUGCCUGUAUCACUUCAAACAUUGGUUAUGUGACAGCCAAACUCUUGAUACAGCCCACCAGGGGGCGCUGCUGUGCUCACCUUGCUCGUACCAAAGUGCUACCCCGGUAGUUGUCACCGCAUCUGUUCCUCUGCCAUCUCAACACAAGACACUGCUGUACCUUUCUAAUAUGUUAUCAGCUUUCCACAUAAACACAGAUAUUUUGAAAUGGUUUUAGAAGUGAGCUAAGAUUCUGUCAAGCACAAACGUUAGCAUCCUUGUAAUGUGCGUCUUCUAGUAUAAAGGGUAGUGAAGGGGAUCAUGGUUCAAUAUAUAGCAGGAAAAAUAAUAAUAACCAAACUGGAGGGAUGAGGAUCAGGCAGACAGGCGGAGUGGAUGUAAUAACUACAUAGUGCUAUUCUUUGCUAACCAAUAGAGGGUGUUGGUAGAUGGCUCUUAGACUUCUUGCUUUCUGUCCACUAGUUUAUUUGAUUGUAGGCUAUUUUCUAAUGCUGUUUCACCAAGAAUGCACCAGCCACCACCAAAAAUGAGCUCAAUAUAGCAUCUCUGUGAUGUGAGGAGAGGAGUACAGGAGGAGAUUGUGGGGCACUGAUGUGUUGUUGGAACAAAUGUGACAUGAACUUAGAAAGUGACAGUCUUCCAUGCAUGUAGGACUUCUAGACGUGAUAUUGUUUUUCAUUACGUUUUUAGCUUCAUUUUUAUUAAUAAAAAAUAAAAGGGUAUAAUUAUUACAGUCAGACCAAAAAGGAAAAACCAUGUAUAGCUACGAUGUGUGUCUCUGUGGGCAUGUGUACAGUGUUGGGAUGUCAUUGUCCACCUGGGGGCGCCCUCUGAUCUUUGUAAGCAUUAAAAACACUGGGUGCUUCCUUCCAAUGGCAAAGUGGGUGGGGCUCAGCUUCAGUGUCCCUCCCAUUUGAACCACAACACACUACAACCUUCUGUUGUAAACCAAAAAUACCACGUUCAGCAAUGUAAUAAUGCCACCUUUUCAGUUUGAGGAGAGGGGGACUUAUAUUUGUAUCGUCUUUCUGUGUGCCGUUGUCAUGACUCAAACUGAGAGGGUUUUUUUUUUUUGUUUUUUUUUGGGGGGACUUUUUUUGGGUGGAGCAGUGCUAUUAUAUCACAUAUUAUGUCAUUUGAUUGUCAGUGGAGCACCUACUCCAUAAAAGGAUUUGUGUUGCCCUCUUUUUCAAUACACUAUUAUGGGGAAAAAUAAAGUUUUUAGUUGAAUGGCCGAUGGGAAAGGGCUUCUCUCUCUCUCCUCUAUUACCAAAAAGAGGCAGUGCUGGGGUGUAGUUCUAACUCAUGUUUAAGACAAACCUGCAACUUUUCAGAGGGACUUUAAUUCUUUGGAACUAUUUUAUACAUUGUUAUGUGAAUAAUAAAAACACAUUUUGAUAGUUAAGGUAAAGCCUUAUGGAAAUUUCACUUGAGAUUUUGUGUUACAGAGCAAAUCUUGAGGAGGUGUCAUGUGAUUUCCAUCAUGUUUUCUUCAGUGCAGUUUGUUUGACUGUAUCUUAUAAUCUCAUCAUCACACCAAAUUAUGCUCCCCCUUUUCUACCUGUUAUAAUGGAUGUCACUGUACAGUUUGUGUAAGGUUUCAGUAUUUUUUAUUUUCUAAAUGUUUUUUUUUUUGUUUUGUUUUAUUAAAAUGCCAGUUUUAUUUGGCUUCGUGUAACACUCACAAUAACUAUCAUUUUAUUUAGGUAUUUUGUUACAUAACUGGGUGCAAAGUGGGGUUUAUUGUGCAACAUUUGAUGCUGUGGAAAAAUGAACCAAUGUUUCACUUUUCAUUAAAAAGUGGUCCGACAUUGUUUAAUACCUUUUAAAGUGGCAACCUUCUGUUUUUACAAUAAAACUUUGUAAUUACCAUUGUCACUUAAGGCAGAACAAGCGUCAAUGUAGCAUAUAGAUUUUUAUGCAAACAGACUUUCCAACAGUGAUCUGGCUUUUCCAUAGCACCAAAGUGUUGUUAAACCUUUUGAUUUUUGUUUAGUAUCUUUGUAACUUCCUCUUUUCCCUGUAUUUAUCCCUCUGUCUACCUCUGUCAGUCAUUUUUCUUGUAUAUAACCCCACUUUUUUCAGACCUGCGCGUCUGUACGAACUCCUUUUAUACCUCAACUUUAGAAUUGUUCUAGAAAGAGUAAAACAAAAGGAAGAAUAUGACAAAUUGUAGUGUUCUUAUUAGAAAAUUAAUAAAUGAUUUAGUGUGUUUUUCAGUAUUUGAGUUCAAAAUUUAGGAGUGUUUUAUAAGUUGUCACAAAUGCUCUUGUGAUAGUCAAAUGUAAUAAAAGGAGACACUGCACCACUUGA